AUGGGCUCCGCCGGCGAGCGCUCCCGCAUCCCACAGCUCCCACGGUGCUGCUGCCGAGAGGGCGAGAAUAACAACCAGAAAAAUAGUUCAAAGCUAAAACUGGCUGAAAUACAGCAAAGGAACUGGGAUGGAGGGUCUGUGCUGCAGAGAUUUAUCACUGCUGCUUGCCAGGGACAGGGAACUGAGUUACAGCAGAAGUCAGCCGUGCGGGACACGGCACGAGUGCCAGGCGGGCAGCAGCCAGCACGCUGGGGCAAACCUGGCCACCGGCCGCUGGCCGAGGGGGCACGGGGGCCGCUGGCCGAGGGGGCACGGGACGGGGACCUGCCGGACAGGCUGGGGGAGGCACGGGGAUGCUGGGGCUCUGCUGGGGCUGGGUUGCAACCCGCCACCCCGAAAAGUGGCUGCGUGGAGAAGCCCCAGCCUCCUGCGAGGGGCUCAGAAACUCAUCCCCCACCUCGCUGGCCCUUACACCCCAAAAGCUUCUUCACAAUGACUGCCGGCCUGGAGAAAGCCUGCCACCGGUGCAUAUCUAAAAUUGCCAGCAAUGGAAGCAUCAGUGAUCCGAACGGAGGUCUUUCGCGGGACAGCCUGGCCUCACUCGGGCUUUCAAACAACCGGUUCGUCCCAGCCAGGGUGGAGGACGCGGAGGGGUGUAAGGAGGUUACACCUGCUGCUCUCCGAGGAGCAAGGCGGCAGAAAGCUGACCGGGGCUGGGGGCCGUACAAGCUGUGUGGAGAGGUGACUCUCCUGCUGUACGACUCAACCAGGAUGAGGCAGCUGCUUUCCAAAUCUGUUGUGAUUGAUGAUGAUGAUGACGACGAAUAUCCCUGGAGGCAGAAUGCUCACAAGUACUACAUCCAUCUAACCCUCAGCCUUUUCCUCUUUCUCUGGUUCAUUCUCGGGAACUACUGGGUUUUUUCUGUGUACCUGCCAAAUUUCAUCCCACCUUUCCAUCAGCCUCAGGAUUACUGUGACAAAACCCUGUACAUUUUUGCUGUUGCAUGGUACAUCUUUGCCUCUAAAAGUAGCCCUCUUCACCGGGAUCCUAACAUCUCCGUAGCCUUGCUGAGGUAUGUUACUGUCCCUGCAUUACAGAUGAGGAAGCUGAGACAAAGAGAUAAAGGGCUGUAUUCAGACGACCUUGCAUGGCCCAUGGACUUUGACAGUAACUUAGAUGCUCACCAGAGAGCUCUUCAGGCCACUGUUAGACCAGCCACCUCCGCACCCCCGCCAGAGCGGACAGAUUUGGACGCCGCCUCUGUCAGAGCUGGCCCGGCGGCGCUGCCUGGGCCCGCCCCGGGUCCUCUCAGGGCCCGCCUGAGGCGGCGGGCGGGCCGCCUCCCGAGCGCCGGGGCGCGGGCUGCGUGGGCUGUGGCCCUCGGUUGGGGCCGCGUCCCUCGUGGCAGUGCCACGGGCACUGCCCGUGACCUGUCCCACGAGAGCGGCUACGAGUCUGCUUCCAGGCACUUCAAUCCAGCCGAUGUGGAGGUGAACGUGGCUGGAAGAUCCUUUCUGGUCACCGGUGCAAACAGUGGCAUUGGCAAGGCCGCGGCCAAAGAGAUAGCGAGGAGAGGUGGCACGGUUCAUCUGGUUUGCCGAAAUAAGGAACGGGCUGAGGUCGCCAAAGGAGAAAUAGUGACAGAAACGGGCAAUCAGAAUAUCUUCUUGCAUGUUGUGGAUAUAUCUAAUCCCAAGGAAAUCUGGAAGUUUGCUGAAAAAUUCAAAAAUGAACAUAAAUUAAAUGUGUUGAUCAACAAUGCAGGAUGUAUGGUGAAUAACAGAGAAUUAACUGAAGAUGGACUUGAAAAAAACUUUGCAACAAACACUUUGGGUACAUACAUUCUGACAACUGCCCUGCUGCCCCUCCUGGAAAAAGAAGCUGAUGCCAGAGUGAUAACUGUCUCUUCUGGGGGCAUGCUAGUUCAAAAAUUAAACAUAUCUGACUUGCAGUCGGGAAAUGGGACAUUUGAUGGAACUAUGGUGUAUGCACAGAACAAGAGACAGCAAGUUGUCUUGACAGAACAGUGGGCAAAAGCUCACAGAAACAUUCAUUUCUCUGUGAUGCACCCUGGCUGGGCAGACACUCCAGCUGUGAGAUCGUCAAUGCCAGAUUUCUAUCAGAAGAUGAAGAAUACCCUGCGCACAGAGGCCCAGGGAGCUGAUACCGUUGUAUGGUUGGCAGUAUCAUCAGAAGCAAUAAAGUUACCGAGUGGCUUGUUCUUCCAAGACAGGCAACCAGUCCCUACACACUUACCCCUGGCAAGCACCCACAGUCCACCGGAGGAUGAGGAGAAGCUAAUGGAGGUGCUGGAAGAGUUCUCCCAGAAGUUUAAAUCCACUUCUCCAGGAACUUAGUGCCACUGCUGACACAGCGUAACCGUAAAGCUUCUAAUUACACGGUGACAGUGCUGUAGUGCCCCUGCUGUUGAGGGGAAGUAGGAUGCCAUAGGCCUGUUAAAAAUAAAUUGGGUUCAGGUAUUCUUAUCAUGGGGGAGAGCAGUGCCUGCAACGUGUUUUUUCUGUUGCAGAGUCUUUCCCAUUGUGAAUAUGCACCUGCUGUCUCAAGACACAGUAAGGUUGCAUUCUUUGAAUUGGAAGAAAAAUUGGGAGGCAUUAAAAUAAAACCCAAGGCUUUGUGAAGUUACCCAACAUAAUUUGAAACUCUCACCACAGAGAAAUGCAGAGGAGUGUACCUUCCAGGAAAGAAGUAUUGAAUGUUUUAAACAAUGUUUAACCACUGUAUUUGACAGGUUGGUGGCUUCUUUCGCUGUGUGGGGGUGACUGGGCUCAAACCUGUAACUGGGAACGUAGAAACUCUCUCCUGCAUCACCUGCUUAGUCUAAAUGGAAGGAUUCCUCAUGGCCUUCAGCUAUAAAUCAAUGCUGGUAUGCAGAAGUGAUCUGCUUCCUCAUGUUUAAACAGCAAGAAUUUAGGAAUGCUGCCAAAUGCCUUCCAUGUUACUUUAUGGAGCCAAGGCUGAAUGUUAUCCCAUUUAUGUCAAGAAGCCA